AAUUGAAACAAUCCCGGUGUUUUAACGCCCCUCUGAAACCGUAAGGGCUGCUCUAUUAGAUAUGGCGGCGCUUCGUGUUAUUGUUUCUCGGUUCGGGGAACGGGUGGCUAAACACGUGCAGCAAUGGAACGGAAAAGCCGUGAGGGCUCCGUGCAGAACGGUCGCUCACUUUACCUUCCAGCCAGACUCAGAACCCGCACAAUAUGGAACUACGCAAAAGAUGAAUCUUUUCCAGUCUACAAACAGUGCUUUGGAUAAUACUUUGUCCAGGGAUCCAACAGCAGUGAUAUUUGGUGAGGAUGUUGCUUUUGGAGGUGUAUUUCGAUGUACAGUUGGACUUCGAGAUAAAUACGGUAAAGACAGAGUCUUCAAUACACCCUUGUGUGAACAAGGAAUUGUUGGAUUUGGAAUUGGAGUUGCAGUUGCUGGUGCCACCUCUAUUGCUGAAAUCCAGUUUGCGGACUACAUUUUUCCAGCAUUUGAUCAGAUUGUAAAUGAAGCUGCUAAAUAUAGAUAUCGUUCUGGAGACCUGUUUAAUUGUGGCAGUCUGACAAUUAGAGCACCAUGGGGCUGUGUUGGUCAUGGUGCACUUUACCAUUCCCAAAGUCCUGAGGCCUUUUUUGCUCACGCUCCUGGAAUUAAGGUGGUCAUUCCAAGGAGUCCAAUCCAGGCCAAAGGCUUGUUGCUGUCAUGUAUAGAGGAUAAAAACCCAUGUAUUUUCUUUGAACCAAAGAUCCUGUAUAGAGCAGCAGUUGAGCAAGUUCCUGUGGAGCCAUACUACAUUCCUCUUUCUCAAGCUGAAGUAAUUCAAGAGGGAACAGAUAUCACACUUCUUUCUUGGGGUACUCAGGUCCACGUUAUUCGUGAAGUUGCAGUUAUGGCUCAAGAAAAGCUAGGCUUGUCCUGUGAAGUGAUUGACUUAAGAACCAUUUUGCCCUGGGAUGUAGAAACUGUUUGCAAGUCUGUCUCAAAAACUGGACGGUUAUUAAUUAGUCAUGAAGCUCCAGUUACUGGUGGUUUUGCAUCGGAGAUAAGUGCUACAGUACAGGAAGAGUGCUUUUUGAACCUCGAAGCGCCAAUAGCCAGAGUAUGUGGGUAUGAUACACCAUUCCCUCACAUCUUUGAGCCUUUCUAUAUUCCUGACAAAUGGAAAUGCUAUGAUGCCCUCAGAAAAAUGAUUAAUUACUGAGUUUUAUUACUGGUUAUUUUGUAACCUGAGUGAAGCACAAGAAUGAAGUAAAAGUGAAUAUCUGAAUAAGAUGUUUAUGCAGAUAACUCUCUUAAAAAAACAAUGGCUGAUCUCUUACUGGAAACACCAUGAUCACAAACCAACAAUGUUUGAUGUCCAAGGCAAAAUGAGGAUUUUAACAACGAAAGAGCUAUGUGUUCUUGUAAUAUUAAGAGUUUUUAUCUACUCUGUAUAGGUCAAUAUAAAAAAGUAUUGAAUAAAUAACAUAAAUAAAUUGGUUAUUAUCUAAUCUUA